AAUAAAAAUUUGAAAUUUUUUAAGCAAAAUUAUCUACUCUUAAAUGUCUUUUAUUACCAUGUUUCAAUAUAAUAAUCUACCUAGAAAAUCUUGUAAUAAGUGAAGUAUGGUUGUCACCUCUUUUUGGACUCAAUCAUGGGUGGUACCUGUACUGACCACAUGUAUAUUUUUUGCAUUAUUAUGUUUCCUGCUUUGUUGUCUUUGUUGGGGAAAUAAGAAUGGAUUAACGGAUUUUUAUGAACCUGGAGAAUGUAGUUCAAAAAAUGGGUCCCGAGAUUUUUUAAAGAAUUCGGUGAAUAAUCUGAUGCUAUUUAGAAGAUUUUCUACAGUUAAUGAACCUAAACCUGUAUUCACAUCUAAUAACUUACCAUUUUCCAAAAUGAUAAAUGUGUCAGAUCCUGAAUCUGAUCUCUUGGAUUCUAUGGAAGAAAAGAAAAGCUUUGAUAACUUAACUCUUCAAUUUGAUGAAUGCGAUGAACGUCCUGGUGCUCCAAAGGAAGAUCUCCGUUCUUGCAUCAGUACAGAUUCUUUGAACACUUUCUAUUCUGCAUAUCCUAGCUUAGUGCGAACUAAUUCAAGAAACAGCUUUAUAAGCGUAAUAUCUGAUGGUGAUUUAGAAACAUUGAUAUCUUGAGCUAUUUGAAGAGACUUGUUAUAAAAAACUGUUAGAGACUGAUUAGUAUAUAUGAAAAUAAAUUAUUUUUUGUACUUGUUUUAGAUUGUAGGAAAACUGCUCUGAAAUUUUUGAGGUUUAUUAAAUAUAUUUUUCUAAGGUUUUUAAAAAUA